AUGCCCCUCCUGCGCCCAACUGAUGGCCCAGAGCCGUCCUCGCAUUCAGUCCUCGGCAGACCAGCAAUGAAUUGCUCCCUUGCCUCCGAAGACGUGUUCGGGCCUCAGGCCCGCGACUGCUAUGGCGGUUACGACUUUACGUUGUUGUUCGAGGAGUCAGUGAUGACGAUUGGUCCGGCGGGACUAUUGCUACUGGUUCUCGUCGGGAGAGUGGUGUAUCUAUACCGCAAGGUCGUGAGGGAUGGGAGUUCCGAUGGCGCGCAUUUGGCGAAGCUCGUCAGCUAUGGGUGGUUCGCUGCCAUUCAGACCGCCAUCCUAGUGUCCUGGACCUCGGGCGAUGAAUUGAGAACGCGCGCGACUAUCCCCGCUGCGGCGCUGAGUCUAGUCGCUGCCUUUGCGCUCGGUCUGGCAUCGCAUUUCGAACAUACGCGCUCCGUCAAGCCGCCGCUUCUGAUCGAGAUCUAUCUCCUCUUUACGCUGGCCUUUGAUGCCGUUCGACUACGCACCUUAUGGGGGAUGGGAUACCACGGACACAUCUUCAAGUUAUUGACCGUAUCGGUAAUCUGGAAGGCGGUGUUACUCGUACAAGAGGCCUGGCCGCGCGCGCUGGGCUCGUUAGAACAGGGGUAUAGUCCCGAGGAGAAAGUGGGAUGGAUCAACCGACGGAUGUUUUGGUGGGUGAAUCCGUUGCUGUUGCUGGGGUCGAGGAAGGAUCUCCAGGCAGCGGAUCUGUUCACGUUGAAUCAUAGUCUCCAGUCGGAGGUGUGUUCGAGGGGUUUUUCGAAGGUGUGGCAGGAUGCGAGUCCAGCGACAAAGGAGAAGAAGAAUGGGUUGCUGAGGGUUCUGGCGUGGGAGUAUAAAGUGGUUCUGUUGACUGCUGCUCUUCCGAGGUUGUGUUUUACGGCCUUUACGUUCACGCAGCCGUUCCUUAUUGAUGCCGUGAUCAAGUAUCUCCAGACGGAGCGGGAUGAGCAGAGGCGUAAUGAUGGGUAUGGCUUGCUUGGUGCAUAUAUUCUUGUGUAUGUGGGGUUGGGAAUUUCCGAAGCAUGCUACCAGCACAUCACGUACCGAACCAUCGUGCUUAUGCGCGGAUGUCUUGUCCCGCUGAUCUACGAAAAGACACUGUCCAUGGAUCCUAAAACCGCGGAAGAAUAUGCGCCGGUCACGCUGAUGAGCGCCGACAUUGAGAAGAUUGCAUUCGGCAUGCGGUACAUGCAUGAAGCGUGGGGGAAUAUCGUGGAGAUCGCUCUGGCGCUGUGGUUGCUGUACCGCGAAUUGAAUUAUGGGGGGCUGAGUCCGAUUCUUAUUGCUGUUGUCUGUGGAGCGGCUGCCGCGACAAUGGCGCCAGCUGUCGGACGUCGUCAGGCCACAUGGGUGCAGGGGAUCCAGAAGAGAAUCGAUGUCACGACCUACAUGAUCAACUCCAUGAAGAGUCUGAAGUUGGAGGGUCUAACUCCAUGGUUCAUGGACUUUGUGCAGAACCUGAGGGUGCAGGAGAUCGGAUACGCGAGUAAAUUCCGUUCCUUUCUGACCUAUGCUGUUAGCUUGUCAUUCGCCACCUCGGUCAUCUCCCCCGUCGUCGGAUUCGGCAUCUUCAUCGCUUUAUCGCGGUACGACAACGGCCCGGAACUAACUACCCAGCGAGCAUUCACCACUCUUUCUCUCUUUACCGUCCUUCAGAACCCAAUGUCCAUGCUCCUGCAAGCCGUCCCCAACCUGAUCUCGGCGGUUGGAUCGAUCGAGCGCGUCCGCGUGUUCUUAAUGGCCGAGGAUACGAAAGAAGUCGGCUUCCUGAGCUCCUUCACCUCCGAGCAGACCCUCUUCCCGGAAAUGGACAACAUCCGGGACCUCGAAAUGAAAGACAGCGAGAUGCAGGAAGCAGUUGUGGCCCAGAACUGGAGUGUUGGGUGGGUUUCGACCCGCGAGCCGGUUAUCAAGCGGAUGACGUUCAAGAUCAGACCCUCUUCGCUGACGAUUAUUACGGGCCCGACGGGAUGUGGAAAGUCGACGUUGCUGGCUGGGUUGAGAGGCGAGACGGCGGUUACGAAGGGGUAUAUGAAGUGUCGGUAUCCCGAGGCGGCGUUUUGUAGUCAGGAACCGUGGUUGCAGAAUGGUACGAUUCUGAGUAAUAUCCUUGGUCCGUCGACGUAUGAGCCUCGCUGGUUUCGAGAGGUGACGCAGGCGUCGGGGCUGAGACAGGAUUUGAAAUCAAUGCCGUUGGGUGUUCAGACUGUGGUGGGGAGUAAAGGGUUGUCAUUGAGUGGUGGUCAGAAACAUCGUGUGGCAUUGGCUAGAGCGCUUUAUUCCCGACAACCGUUGCUCCUCCUCGAUGAUAUCUUUAGCGGCUUCGAUGCCGAGACGGAGAAGCUGGUGAUAGCGCGGCUAUUUAGUGAGGGUGGCUUUUGUAGAAAGCACAACCUGACUACCAUCCUUGCCACGCAUUCGACCCGUCUUGCUUCGAAUGCAGACUACACCAUCACCCUCGACAGCAAAGUGCAUUUCUCGGAAAAAGAGGGCUCCAUUGUCUCGAGCUUGCCCGGCCCUAGCACAGGCGACCACCUCGUGGAGCCCAUAUUGAAUGAUGCAAGGCUGAGCUGGAUCGUCAGACAGUCCAACCCCGAUGUACCGCAUGAGCUGGCUGCCCAGCUCGAGACCUCGGAUUCCAGCCGACGGACUGGUGAUGUGACCAUCUACAAGUAUUAUUUGGAUAUGGUGGGCCGGUUCAACUCAGUGUUGUUCUUCGUUGCGGUUGCGAUAUUUACUUUCAGUCUUGCGUUUCCCAGUGUAUGGGUCCAGUGGUGGGCCGCUGCGAAUGAAAAACACCCGUACAAAGACCUCGGCAUGUACUUGGGAGUGUAUGCCUUUUUGGCGGUGAUGGCGGAGUUGUCGUUAUUCUUGGGAUGCUGGCAUAUGAUCAGUAACAUGGUCCCUCGAGCAUCUCGAAAGUUGCAUAAGAUUCUUCUUCGCACGGUGUUGAAUGCUCCGAUCUCUUUCUUCCACACUACAGACUCUGGCGUCACUACGAAUAAGUUCAGUCAAGACAUGCAACUGGUGGACAUGGAGCUGCCACUUGCUCUGGUUGAGACCAGUGUUGCUCUCAUGUCUGCCAUCGCGCAGCUACUCAUCGUGUUCAUCACGGGAAAAUACCUCGCUGCCAUCAUCCCACUCUGUCUGGCAGUCUUCUAUUUCCUGCAAAAGUUCUACCUUCGGACCUCCCGCCAGCUACGAUUCAUGGAGCUGGAAGCCAAAUCUCCUCUCUAUUCCAACUUUAUGGAAACCGUUAACGGACUAGUGACGAUCCGUGCCUUUGGAUGGCAGACUAACUUUCUCAACAAUAUCUGUGGACUCACAGACGCAUCGCAGCGACCAUAUUAUUUGCUCUUUGUGAUCCAACGAUGGCUCACACUCGUACUCGACAUGGUCGUCGCCGGUAUGGCUACGCUUAUUGUCGGCCUUGCAGUCGGUGUCCCAGGGUCCAUUGGGGCAGGCUCUGCAGCGCUAGGGCUACUCAAUAUUAUUAGUUUGAGCGAAAGUCUGAAACAACUGAUCUCGAACUGGACCGUCCUGGAAACCUCAAUUGGAGCCGUUUCCCGUGUGAGGCAGUUUGAGGAUGACGUGCAGCCUGAGGAUAGACCGGACGGAUAUAUUGAAGUUCCGCCACGCUGGCCCGAGCGAGGUGAUAUCAAGUUCUUCAACGUGUCUGCUUCUUACAGACCCGACAGCGACCCUGUCCUCAAUGACGUGACAUUAUCAAUCGCGGCGGGUGAGAUGGUCGCUAUUUGCGGACCCAGUGGGAGUGGUAAGAGCUCGCUGAUUCAACUCCUGUUCCGACUUCUCGAGCCCGACAAUGGCCAGAUUACCAUCGACGGGCUGGACAUCAGCUCCAUUUCGAGCCAGGAUAUCCGGUCGUCGCUUUCAUGUAUAUCCCAAUCAGUGACCAUCCUUCCUGGUACAGUACGACAGAACAUCGAUCCCCUCGGAAAGGAAUCUGAUGAGAGCAUAACCAAUGUGCUGAAAGAGGUCAAACUAUGGGACAUCGUAUCGACGCAACUGGAUGGCUUGGAUGGACAGGUCCAGGAAGAAAGCUUCUCGCAAGGACAGAAACAGCUUCUUCGCUUGGCUGCUGCUAUGCUGAGGAAGAGCAAGGUGGUUGUCUUGGAUGAAGCAACGAGCAGCGUCGACCCCGACACCGAUGCUCUCAUGCAACGUCUCAUCCGCACGGCCUUUGCCGGAUGUACAGUGAUUGCCGUGGUGCAUCGACUCCACACGAUCCUUGACUUUCACAAAGUGGUUGUCGUGGAGCGGGGUCGCAUUGUCGAGUGUGGUGCUCCCAAGGAGCUGUUGGUCCAGAACGGUCUGUUUAGUCAACUCUACGGGAAGAGCAACGCCACGCCGGAUGUGAGACCGGAAACGUCUUGGCUGAAGAUCUGA